ACAGAAUAUCCACGGAAGAAAAAUUCUUAAGCUUCAAGAAACCUUUCAUUUACCUGAGGCCGAGGGAUACAUAUUUAUAUAGGCAAGCUCUUGGUGUCUCAAAACAUUGGCAGUCUCCAAGUUCCUGAUUCUAUCUUUAAUCCAAGAUGAAGCAAAAGAUUGUGAUGAAGGUACAGAUGAAUUGCCAGAAAUGUCGCACUGAAGCACUCAAGGUCGUUGCAAAGGCAGAAGGUGUUAACUUCGUGGGAUUAGAAGGAGCUGAGAAAGAUAAAGUGGUGGUGAUUGGAGAUGGAGUUGAUGCUGUCAAAUUGGCUGCCAGCUUGAGGAAGAAGGUUGGGCAGACGGAACUCAUGAGCGUUGCAGAAAUCAAGUCUUAAUUACCUUUUUCCCUACCUACCACUUACAAUUUUACGAAUGAGAUUGACUACUGUUCUCUGGAAACAACUGCAAUGUAGUUUUUAUUUUUGUAUUUUGCUGAGAGAUUUUUAUUAAUUUCAAAUAUUGUUUUUGUCUGUUCUUCA